CGUUUCUUUUUUUCAACAAUCAAAUUUGUUGAGGCCGCCAUCACAGUUGCUCUGCUCUUCUCGUGUGUUAUCAAAAAUUUGUGAAGAAAAAUUGCAUUUAAACAACUGAAAAGUUGCUAACCUGUGCCUAAAUUUAUUAAUUUAACAAUUAUUUUUUAAGUUCCUGAGUUCUUUUUUAAUCACACAUCAAAAAUGUUUUGGGGACUCAUUUUAAAAGCUAACAAAAAAUACACGCAAACAACAAAGCAGGCAUUCCAUGUAUCUCAAGCCGCCCUCGAUGUUACCUCGUGCAGCGAUGGUCCCAUCCAGCUUUUCCUCACAUACGAGAACAUCAAAUAUUUGAUUUGUACUCUUCGCAAGAACACCGCCGAACAAGUUAUGUUGGAUUUGAAUUUCAAUGAAGGCGAUGAGAUUUCUCUCCAAAGUCAAGGUAAUGGAACAAUUCACAUUUCUGGAUACAUCACAGAUCUAAGUGAUCAAUUGGAUGAUAUGUCCGAUGAAGAAUCCGAUGCUAUGGAAGAGAUGAUGGCUCUUUCAAAGAAGCUAAAGAAAUCCGACGGAAAAGCCAACAAUAGCAAAUCUGGCAAAAAAGCUGAGGCAGUAGCCGAUGAAGAUGACGACGAUGAUGAGGAAGAUGACAGCGACUUCAACGGUGAGCCAGAAGGUGCAGCUGAAGACAGCGAUGAUGACGAAGAAGAAGACGACGAAGAUGAUGAUGAUGAAGAAGGAGAUGAUGACGAUGACGACGAUGAUGAGGAAGAAGACGAAAGUGAAGACGAAGAGGUCCAACAACCAAAAGCCAAGCAAAUUAAAUUAGAAAAGCCAAAGCAAAACGGUGUUGAAUCACAAAAGAAAGAGGGAAAACAGAAAAAAGACAAGAAAGAAGCUCUCCAACAACAACAAGCAGCCCAAAAGCAAAAGAGUGAACAAUCACUCGCCGGUGGAGUAAAAAUUGAAGACAUUCGCGUGGGUAAUGGACCCGAAGCAAAAACUGGCAAAAGAGCGCAAGUCUACUAUGAAGGUCGUCUCAAGUCAAACAACAAAGUCUUUGACAGUCUGAAGCAAGGUGCUCCCUUCAAGUUUGGUUUGGGACGCGGUGAAGUCAUCAAGGGAUGGGACGUUGGUGUUGUCGGCAUGAAGGUUGGAGGAAAGAGACGCAUCACUUGCCCAGCACAUAUGGCCUACGGUGCACGAGGAUCCCCACCAACAAUCCCACCAAACAGCACAUUGGUGUUUGAAGUUGAAUUAAAAGGAGUGCAGUAAAUAAUUUUACGAUGUAAGCGAGGAGUGUGCAGGAGGAGUAUUUCUUAAUUUUUUUUGUUGAGCCUUUCUUAUUAAAAAUUGUAAAAUCGUUACUUUUUUUUUCCUAAACCAUUUUUAUCUCUGUUACUACAAAUGGAACAAAACAGCAAAAGAGUUAAUUAACAAUUUGUUUCUGUUGGUUUCUCUUUUUUAAAUGUUUUUUUCGUUUUUCUUUUUUUUUUAAUUGAAUUAAAAACUUAUCGUUAAAGUUUGUUGAUCGACAUCAUCAUAAAACAACAAUUAUUCUUUUUAUAGAAACAGAAUUAAAGAAACUGAUAGUUUAAGAAAAUUGCCCAGCAAUUACAGAAUAAAGAUUUUUUUAAAAAUAA